GCAGUUCUAAGAAGGUCACAUUUCACUUCCACCGUUGUAGAAGAAGAAGAAGAAAAAAUAGUCAGUAUGUUUGAGGAUUAAGUGUUUCUUGAUGAAAAAUGAUUUGUGCAGCGGUAUUUUGAAUCCGGAUGGGCUUGUGUCCCAACCUUCCUGGCUGUGGACAAUUUCUAACACGGUCACCCUGUAUUUUUGGUUGUGUGCGUAGUUGUUUCGGAUUUGUAAUUCACAUGUCUGCGGGAGUCUGUCUGACGUGAAGGCAGUACCUUUAAGGGAGGUCCAAUAAAUGGAACAGACAAAACCACUCUGCGGAGUAUCAGUUUCUUUUCAACAAGUACCUCUGGAGUCAGGUGUGUUUGGUAAAGAGAUACUUCCCAUACUACAGGGAUCUUACCUGGAUCCUGCAUCUAAGAAUUGCUUUCGCUACAGCCAAGCCAUUGUGGUAAAAAAUGAAGCACUGAAAAACAAGUUGAAUAGUUACAUAGCUGAGAAGAGGAAAGCUGGGUACAAUCAAGAGGAACUUGAGGAGUCCUAUGGUUUCCUCUUGUAUGAAACAGAAAGUGAGGCAAAACAAGUGUGUCAAAAAGGAGUUCAAGUUGGGAACAGUAAGACUACUACCUUAGGAAAUCCGUCAAGUGGUGUCUAUCUGUCCAGGUACUCUGAUUAUAUACACCCACGGCCGUGGUACCAUGGGAAGUCUGGUCACAUUGUUAUUGUUAAAGUUCUGAAGGGAAGAGUGAAGUCAGUAGCUGAAAAUUACACAAAAAAUUACACUAUCCCAUCUCCUGGUUUUGACUGCCACAUAUCGGGAAAUGUCAGCAAAGUAUCUCCAACCACCAGUCACUUCCAGACAUUUGAGCUAACUCAGUUUUAUGUGUAUGAACUGAAACAUGGAAAUGCUGCUGCUCAGUACCCCCGACAGAUAUACCCCACUGUAAUUGUGACAUUUCAGUACAACGAACCCAAGUGCAUUGUAUCCAAGUCAGAGGUCAAAAGCAAGAGGAAGACCAUUCUAGGAAAUCAAGGACUCCUGUAUACUCCAUGGAAAGGGCAGCUUAUUAACAGUGGUUCUGUGGUCUGCAGUUUAAUGUUAAAGUCAUUUCAUGGUUUACUUCCUGUGAAGUUACCAGCUCAGCUUGAAAUAAAAUAUGUUGUUUCACUCACUGACUUAAAGAAAAAGCUAGCAGAAGCAGUCUUCCGGAAGGAAUGUUACAGGGAAAUAGAGGUCUGCUUUGAGGAUACUUACUGCAGCCUGUUUAAUGUGGUGAAAUGGGAUAAAAAUGAACAUCAGCUGGAUCAUUUGGCAGAACAACUGAAGAGACAGAAAUUGGCUUUCGUAAUUUCUUUACCUGAUCGGGGAUUCCUUCUCAUUGUGCCAUCUUCUGCCCUGAAGUCCAUUAAAGACUAUGACUUGGAUAUGCCUGCCAGUUUACAUGCUCUGUUUAUAUUUCCUUCAUCUAGACGUGUUUGUAUGACAGGGCAAAGCGAGCUAAAGUUAAAUAAUUUAGAAGCUCUUUCAUCAAAAGUAGCUUCACUGUUACCUGGUCUGCAUUAUGCUGUAACUGAAGCAAACAAAUUCCGUGGAACCCAGAAGGCUGCUCCUAACACAUUAGUAGAAAAAUACUUAACAGAUCAUAGCAAAUUAUCUGAACAUGCCACAUCCAAGUUGCAGAAUGCUAAUAAUGACCCUUGGAGGUUUUAUGACCCUUCAAUGGAUGCUGUGAGAGUGGUUGCUACUGUGAAGUGUCCCCAGACUGUAUUUUCCCAGUUGCAGCUUUAUUUUAAUGAUCCUGAUUCAUAUGUUUUGCAGUACCCUAAACCCAUUGAACAGUUUGAUAAUCAGACUCUUCUUCCUAAUUCACACUUUGUGGGUCAUUCUACAAGUCAAGAACUUGCAAAUUGUAUCUUACAGAAGAACCAAUGUGACUCAGUUUGUCCUCUGUCAGUUCCAAUCACACAAGGAGCAGAAAUAAAUGAAGUUAGCAGUGAUAAAAAUGGAACUUCAGAUAAGGAAAUCCAGAAGGAGUUUAGCAUCAGAGGCCAUAAUAAAUUUAAAUUAAAAAAAACAAGACGAAAGAACAAAAAUUGUCUUCAUAAGGGGACUAUUUCUACUGUAGAAAAGAAAGUGAACUCCAAUGAACUACUUUCAGUUGGGACAGAGAGAAUGAAAAAAAAAGUGACAGUGCAUUACACACGUUAUUCUGAAACACAGAGCAAAGUGAGAAAUCGGAGUGAAACAACCGUCAAACUUACAGAUCUUGGUUUUCCACACAGGCAAAAAAGAGGUGCUGAAGUACUGACAGCGGAAUUUAUAUCUCCCAUGCAAAUACUGGAUGUACAAAUCAAGCCUACAGAUGUUGAAACUGAAGUAGAGGAAGCAGAACCUGUGCCUAAAAGAAGAAGAAGUAGGAAAGCUACGGCUGAAACAGGGAGCAUUAUUUCUGGACUUAGGAAAAGAAUUAGUUUGAGGAAGCCACCAGCAAAGAAAAGUAUGGGAGAAACAGAGGGUGGAACAACAGUUCAACAGAAAUCAUUAAGAAACAAAAGUAAAGAAAGUGCAACCAAGAAAAGAAGAAGCAGAGCUGGAGCUGGUGGUUCAGGCAAAGAAAGGAACCGCUUGGCAUCAAGGAAGAGUAAUAAUAAUCCAAGCACAGAUCAUCAUGUAAAUAUGCCUAAUGGUACUGUGAUUGCCUCAGAAGUUAAUUCCAGGGAAUUUACAACUUAUGAGAAUAUUGUUACUGCAAAUACUGUUAAAGACUGGACAAGGAAAAACUCUUGUGCAUCUGAUGCCUUAUCCCUUUUGGCUGAGUUGGCCCUCAGUUCAAUAAAUAGAGACAUGUCACACCAAAAGAAAGGUUUACUUGAAGAAGGUGAAGAUGAAGAAGCUCACUGUUUUCAGAUAAGCUGUGGUGAUGCCAGUAGAGAAAGUACUGAUUCGUCACCGUCCUGUGAAAAUGGUCCUCCUGAGGAUAUUCGAAUGGUUUGUGAUCAUGGGUAUCAUAGGGUUUCUAGUUGUCAGAAGGUCAAUUACCCCUGUGUUAGCAAGCCAGAAAGCAGCAAUACACCAGUGCAGAAUAAAAGAAGAGUUUCAUCUAAGCACAAUAGAUUAGAAAGUUAUCGGACACAACUUUCAAAAAGGCUUAAGCUGUCAUCUUCUUGCAAUAAUAAUAUGUUUAUUUCCAUGGAACAUUCUUAUGCUAGGUCACUACCAGAAAAUUCAGCUAAUGAGCUGAUGCAAGAAAUGGCACAGGAUUCUUUGAUUUCUAGAAAUGAAACUGAAGUUCCUGAAGUUGUACCAAAUAGCUUGGUUAAACCUUUAACACAAGAAUCAGAAAACUGUAAACCACAAGAACAUGAACACUGUUCUUUUAGGAAGAAGGGAAAGAGUCAUACUGAUUUUCUUCAGAAAUUUAAUUUGUAUCGUACUGUGUAUUCAGAAGGUGAAACUGUAAAAAUUACUCGCACGUGGAAAGAAGAUGAGGAAUAUCUUUUUGAACUGGAUAGCAAAUAUACAAAUGAUCCUUUAGAGAAAACAGUUAAUCGAGCUCUUCAUGGGCCAUGGGACCAGAACCUUCAGAACAGUUUAAAUGAAGUAAAGCUCAUUUUGCACAUGUGGAUGGCUUUAUUUUACACCAGGUCAAGUAAGAUGCUCAGUGCUCCUAGUAGAAAAGUUGUUGAACACAAUAAUCCUGCAAAAUUUGUGUCAAUAAAUAGUCUUUGUGACCCAGUUCAGUGGCCUCAGAAUCAUGAUGACCAGCAGUGUCUCCCAGUAACAGUUUCUGACAGCGAUGAUGAUGAGGGUGGAGAUGCACUUCAUAUUGAUGAGCAGUGUAUCUCAGAUUCCUUAGCAUGUGAUUCUGUUCUGACUGGGCAAAGUUUUAUUUCUGAUAACACCAAGCAUCAACCCACUGAGCCAGAAGAUUGUUCCAGUACUGUUAAUCUUAAAGGCAAGGCUAAACAUGGAAGUUCUGAAGAGAUUCAUGAUGGAACAGGAACCACUGUGCAGACAGGUAAUGACUGUUGUAUGCCUUCUAAUGAAAUACUGGAUGCUGCGGAGAUCCAUAACAUGCCCUUACCGGACAAAACAGAUGAUGCAGUGGAGUGUGAAGUUACAGACUCUCAAAAUGAAGUAGAAAGAUUUCCUUUGGCACAGUUUCUUCUGUCUGCCAAUGACAGCAGCAGACGCAUACUGGGUUUCAGUGAGCACUGCAUGGAAAAUAAAAGUAAUGAAACAUUGGAUGGUGUACAAAAGCAUUUUGCAGUUAGUGACAUUUUUUGUGCAUCUGAAAGUACAAGUACAGCUAAUACGGGCGUACUGCAGCAGUGUAAGGACUCUGUCAGUAAAAUUUCAUGUCUGAAGGAUUAUAAUGCUUCAGUAGAUAAGGUGAAUGUCAGAACUUUCACAUAUUCAGACCAGAAAUCAACUGAGAACACUGACAUUUUGUUCUGUGAUAAAUCAUUCGAAAGUCUAAGUUCUAGAAAUGUCAACAGAGUAAGUCAACAUGAUUUAGCCCAAGAUUCAGAAAGAGAAGAUCUGCAAGUUAGUAACACUACUGAAGAAAAACUGAUCCCUGAUUUGAUCCUAGGGUCAAGCCAGCAGUUAGUCAGUAGCAGUAACGAAGUACAUGAAAAUCUACAAGGUUACAGUGCUGUACCAGAGGAUAUGAAAUUAAAACCUGAAACAAACUCAUGCCAGGAAAUUAGCUUGGAGUCUAACCAGGAAGAUGAUGAUAUACUUGUUGGUGCAUUUUUGCCAGAAAAUAGAAACACUGACUCUUUGACAGAAUCAAAUCAGAAUGUAGACUUGGAAGCCAAAGAUGAGUAUACAGAUUCACAGGGUGAAGAUGAUGUGGAAGACCAUGGAGAUGACCAUUUCAUUGGCUUAACACAUGACUCACCUGUGCAGGCUAAAGAAGAAGGUGAAGCUCUACCAAAUGAGAAGGAAGAAGGUAAAGUCCUGCCAGAUAAGAACGAAGAAAGUAAAAUCCUGUCAGAUGAGAAGGAAGAAGGUGAAGUCGUACCAGAUGAGAAGGAAGAAGGUGAAGUUGUACCAAAUGAGAAGGAAGAAGGUGAAAUCCUACCAGAUGAGAGGGAAGAAGGUGAAGUCCUACCAGAUGACCAGGAAGAAGGUGAAGUCCUACCAGAUGACAAGGAAGAAGGUGAAGUCUUACCAGAUGACAAGGAGGAAGGUGAAGUUCUACCAGGUGACAAGGAUAUUGAAGAAAACUUGACAUUUCAAAAGUCCACAACCUCAGGUGAGAAGUUAAUUCAAGCUAAAAGCAUAGCUGAAACUUUGCCUUUAAGUAGGGAAGCAGAUGUAAAAAAAUUCAAUUUCGAAAUCUGUGGCAUUUCAGAUUGUGAAUUAAUCAAAUCCACGGACAAAAGAAACAAACUGCUGAUUGAUGAGGUGGCUAUUGAAAAUAUGUAUGCAGAGUCUUUCAUGGCUUCUGAUGAAAUAUUAGACUAUGAAGUGGAGGACUUUGAAGAACCUUCAGAUAGUGAUGCUCCUGUAGAACAUUUUAAUAAUGAUAGUUCAGUUUUAAACUGUAAGGGAGAAACUGAAGUGACAUGUGAAGAUGUUCUGAAGUCUCCUGUUGGUAGUGACCAUCUUCAAGGGCAGGUAGAACUUAGUGAACCAGAAGACUUCUGUAAAAAAUGUGAUAAAACUGUGAAAUGUUUAAUUUCUGAAGAUGAAUAUACUGACUCUCUUAAUAUUAUAGAGCAAGAACGCAAGGUUCUGGGUGUUACGAAACACUGUAAAAGAACUAAGCAGGUGUUGUCUGCUGACUAUACAAAGAACAAUGCAAAUGAGAGGGAUUUUUUACCAGUGGCAUAUUUUGAAAAUGAAGCAGAGUUUGACUGGCAUUAUAAGGAAAAAGGCUGUCUAAGUUACCUGCAUGAUUAUUGGGAAGAAGAAAAGUUGUCUUCUACACCACGGAAUGCCAGUGACAGUAUUCCUCCAUUUGUUUUGACUAAGGACCCUCUGGGCAAUCAGAGAACUUACAGGAACUUCACUAUCACAAAAAAACAAAAUGAUAUCCAUGUAAUAACUAGAACAUCACAUGGUUUGCAGAGAGAGGUUGUCACAGGAGAGUGUGAUAUUAUGAGUUUACAGAAAAGGAAAGAACAAAUUAGAAAUGACUACACACAGAAGACUGUGGAUCUGGAGUAUUUGUGGUUUUUGACUAAACUGCAAGAAGUUGUGAAGAAUAAAAAACACUCUGCUAAAGGCUUAUGUAAGCAUUUAUGGACAGCAAAAAGAUUCUUGCCAUCCAGGAAAACAACUAGUGACUCGCCACACGACAGAAUGAGGUGUAUGAGCCCACUACUGAUGACAGUUACUUGGAAAGACCGCAGUGUCUCUGAAAAUUCUGUGUGUCCAAAGCAUUCAAGGAGCAACAGCUCAUCACAUAGUUCUCAUACCGAAGAUUUCAAAGAUAAAACAAAUAUGGAGCGACGGCAUCGGAGGUGUAACCUACUUAAACAUUACCAUUUCAAGAAAUUAAAUUAUGCCAGCAAACUGAAAGAGGCUCAAAGCGAGAUAUUUGAGGUCAUUAAUAAAUGCACUGAGUACAAUUUGACAUUGUUAAAUGCAGUAGCUUCUGGUGACAGUGUGGAGCACAAAAACUCAGAUUCUGGUACUGAAGCAGAAUCAAGGAGGAAAUGGAUGCGUGAAUCAUCUCAUUCUAGAAGAAAAGAUAUCUUUCAGCACAUGAUAAACAAGUUUUGCAAACAUCUGCAUGUGGAACUUAAUAAUGUUGUACGAGAAAACUGCAGAGUAUCUUUUUUGUACUACAUUUUGGAAACUGGAGACGGUCCUUUCUUUUUGAAAGUGAAGGAUUUCUUAAAGAAAGAAGGUCACAUUGAAAUUGAUCCUAGACACUUAUCUGAAACCAAAGAGAGUAGCACUAGUACAGUGUUUAUAGUAAUAAGGAAUGAAGAUAUCCGUGGUCAUUUCCAUCAAAUCCCAAAUUUGUUAGCAUUGAAGUACCUUCCAAAUGUGGUUUUUGCUGGUAUUGAUUGUCCAGAAGAUCUGAUUGGGUACACAUAUCAGGAGCUGUUUUUAUCAGGAGGUUUUGUCGUCUCUGAAGGAUCUGUAGUGGAAAGUUUAACAUUAGGGCAGCUUAGAAAAAUGUUGGAAAUACUAGAAAGUUUGAAGACUGAUGGAAAAUGGAAAUGGCUGCUCCAUUACAGGGAAAGUAAACGUCUGAAGGAGGUCACAAGAAUGGAUUAUGAUGCUUACAGAAAAAGUUCAAUGCUCAAUUCAUUUCAAGAGAUGAAUAUUGUUGAGGUGCUUCCUUACCACGCAUGCGACUCCCAAGUUCAGGAAAGGUCAGACUACUUGAGCUGUUUGAUAAGCCUUCAAGUUCAAAACAUCAGGGCCAGGUUUGCAGUAUUUUUGACAGAAAAAAUAAAUAUUGCAAGGGAAGAGUUUGAAAAUAAUGGAAUAUUCGUUACCGACGUUGAGAGGUUUGUUAACAACAUCCACAAGCUAGCAGCAUCAUUCAGUAUUACACAAAGGUGAAAAGGACUUAUCACUGAUGCAGAAGAUGGUUUUACUGGACUGCAGGAAGAUACCAUCUGACAAGCUGAUAAACCAUUGUCUAUUUAGUGCUGUUUUCUUUAAUGGUUGCAGGACGAAGUGAGCCAGAAUGGUUAAAAAAGAAUUUGCAAUAUCUAGCAGCAAGUAAUCUGUGUUCAUUGUAACAUGGAUCUAGAAAAUUCUCUACAAAAAUUGUGCAGCUACUAUUCCAUUCUGUCACCGCUGACUCAAUUUCCUCACAAUGUGAAUUCAGUUUUUUUAGGUCAGCAAUCCUGAUUAAAAUUACAGUCAUGGAUAUAUAUAUUUUUUUUUAAUUUGAGGCAUGCAACACGACUCAGUUUGCAACAGUAUUUUUAUAUUGCAAUAUAUUUCAUUUAGGAAAGCUUUAUUUCCACAUUGUAAAUAUUGUGUAUAAGAAUAUGUGUUCUGUAGGUGUAUUAUAUGUGUAAAUUAAUAUCUAUAAGUUGUAUAAAUGAGUUAUGAUGCACUUGAAUGUGGUUCUUCAAAGUAUUAAGGUCAUUAUUAAAACCAUAACAAAGCACUACACUUUCAGAAUGUUAAAAUGGAUACUGUCUGUACUCAUUAUUAACACAGUAAACCAUAGUUUGCUUAAAGUGCAUCAUAAGAUGUAAAGGAAAUUGGUUUAAAAUAUUUGUAGAGAUAUGUAAAUAUAAUUAGAUAUUUAAAGUAUACAUUUUUAUAUUUAUAUGUUAAGUAUCAAGACAGUCAUGCUAAUUUUUAAAAUAUUUUUCAGGUACUUUUGUUUUUUAAAGUCUAGUCCUGGGGUGGAAUUUUGUAUUCUGUAAUGGGGAGAGUAUUUUAUUGAUGCCUCUAAAUUUUAACACAUGGUUAUUCAAGUGACUGAAGAAAAUGGUACAAUUGGCAACAUUAAAAAAUGCUUACUUGUAA